CAAAAGCUUUGCUUCCAGAUUUGUGAUCGAAACCAUCUCUAGCCGUCCAUCCGGCCCUCCGCCCCCGUUUCUCGGAGAUCGGUCGACUCGAGUCUCCCCCAAAUCACAGGCGAACGAGGAAUUGUAGUUGCGUUUGGCGUCGAGUGGACGCACCGCGUCGUGGACGACUCCGGAGGCACCACCACCUCGAGGUGCAAAUUCACUUGCCCUUCCCGUCCUUCCACGAUCAUGGCCUCCACCGCCGACCGCGGUCGCUUCGCGGAGAUCGUCGUGAUUCGCCACGGUGAGACGUGCUGGAAUGCCUCCAGAAUCGUCCAGGGGCAUUUGGACUCGGAACUAAAUGAAAUUGGAAGACAACAGGCAGUUGUGGUGGCUGGUCGGCUAUCCAAAGAGCCUAAAUUUCAAGCUAUCUACUCGUCCGACUUGAAGCGAGCUGCUGAAACUGCAAACAUUAUAGCAAAAGUUUGUAACUUACCAGAGGUAAUACUGGAUCCAGGAAUGAGAGAAAGGCAUCUGGGGGACAUUCAGGGUUUAACAUUACGUGAUGCUGCAAAGCUAAAGCCUGAAGCUUACAAGAUUUUCUUAUCAGGCAAAAGAGAUGGAGAAAUUCCAGGUGGUGGAGAAAGUCUUGAUCAACUUAAUGAACGAUGUGUUUCUUGCUUGGAGAAAAUAGCUAGUAAGCACCAAGGGGAAAGAGUGAUUGUACUGACCCAUGGUGGAGUUUUGAGAGAACUUCACAAACAUGCAGUUUCUGGACGGUCGUCAGAUGGGAGGAUACAUAAUACCUCGGUCAAUGUGUUCCUGAUUUCUGAGAGUGGCAAUUGGACCAUCAAAACAUGGGGUGACAUAAGCCAUCUUCAUGAAAUCGGGGUGCUCAACAAUGCAUUUGGAGGUGAUAGAACUUCUGGAUGACAUCUUUCUCUGAAAUUUUUAAAAAAAAAAAAAUACAUUUUGAAUAAAUUGUUACAGAUCAUGAAUUAAGCCAUUCCUUGUCGAAAGGUUGACUUUAGAUGUCUUUUAGAUGAGCAGUCAUUGUGGUGAGAAACCUAACUCAUGUGGUAUGGUGCAAGUUCUUGUUUGCAUAAACACACUGUGCUGUUGUCUCUUCACUUUACUACUCUUACAACCUGUCCAUCUUUUGGAGACCAUUAUGGUAAUAGAUGAGAAUGCUCAUUAAUUCUCUGUUUUUAUUUUGUUAA